AUGGGGAACUUUUUAUGGGACGAAGAAUAUAAUGACAUGUGUUAUUCGCAGCAUUAUAAUGGUCGACCAUUAUCUGUUGUUCUAACUGAACCCUACGAUCCAUUUGAACCUCAACCAACAUCGUUCUUUGAUGACAUUCCUUACAUAGAAAGUGACUUUGCUUCGCUACAUCGUCAUCACCAUCACCAUCAUCAUCAUCAGCAGCAUCACCAUCAACUACGUCAACAUCAACAACAUCGCCAUCGUAGUCGUUCAUCUGGCCGUCGAUACAAACGAGAGUAUUACAGUGCUUAUCAUCCGAAUGCUAACUAUCAUUCAUACUCGUUCUCGCCACCUCCACCGCCAGCGGUUCCACGUCGAGCAAUGACUCGUGUAUCUUCACGAGAAGUUCUCAUUGAAAAAAUAGAAACUGUAACGAUCGAAGAACAACAACGUCGACCACCACCGCCACUUCCUUGUAUGGUUUCAUAUGUACGCACACCAUCACCACCUAUUCGACAACUCAAAAUACGCACUCGACCUUCAUCUUGUUUUGAUUUACACAAAGAAUCAACAGAAGUUCAUCAACAUCAGCAACAGAGAGAAAAUCGCUGGUCAAAAUUCGUUGAUGAACAACGUGAAGAACAUUUUGAAUAUAGUUAUAAUUAUAACAAAACUCCUGAUCGAGUUGUACCAAUUGAACGAGAAAGACCACCAACACCAGCUAGGAUUGUUUUCCAUGACGCAACAACAUCAACCGAGGAUCUUUAUAUUUCACCACCAAAACCAGUUCGUCCUCAAACAAGAGACACAGGAACAACAACAGUCGGUUUACCUAAACGCCCAUUAUGUGUUACAGAAACUCAAAUUAUUGAACGAUUUGAGAAAACUGAAAAAGUACGACGCGAUUCAACAUCAAGUGCAGAAGGAAUAGGUACAUUGACAAAACCAUGUAAUGCAUUGAAUCUUUCUGCGGCCGAACGUAAACGUGAAAAGAGUCGCACAAUUGUUCGUUCAACAUCCAAACCGCGUGAAAUUCUUGUUGAUACUUCGGGAAUUUUCGGUUUCCCUGGUGAAUUCUCUGAACCGACAUCACCUCAAGCUAUGGAAAGCGGUCCAACUAUGUUAUCUCGUUCGCCUUUCAAGCCACCUGAUUUACUUUAA